UGGAUGCUGUGGUCUACCUAGUGGAUGCUUACGACAAGGAGAGAUUUGCAGAAUCGAAAAAGGAUGACGCACUUCUCUCAGACGAAUCUCUAGCCACCGUUCCGUUCCUCAUCCUAGGAAACAAGAUUGACAUACCAUACGCUGCAUCAGAGGACGAGCUCCGUUACCAUCUCGGCCUCUCCAACUUCACCACGGGAAAGGGUAAAGUGAACCUAGUGGACUCCAACGUAAGACCAUUGGAGGUUUUCAUGUGCAGCAUCGUCAGGAAGAUGGGUUAUGGCGAAGGCUUCAAAUGGCUCUCUCAGUACAUCAAGUAACUACUAAGCCGCCAAGACUCCAACAACCACAUGGCCUUGUUAUUGCUAAACCAUAAGUUCCCAGCUUUGUCUCUCUUGUCUUGCUUUUUUUCAUGUUUUGUAAGAAAUGUCGUGAAACUUAGCUUCUCGUUGCUCUGGUUUGGUUUCUUUGUAGU